UGUCAGAAACAGUUGAUUAUAAUGUCAGUACUGUCCAAUUCACGGGCUUAAAGCAGCAGCUGCAUACUGCAUUUUCCCUGAAGUAUUCAAAGAUCCUGACUCUUAAAAACUUUGUAGUUCUUGUAAUAGAAGUGGGGCACCAUGAUUUGGACAAAUGGUACAAGUGUCUAUACUAGAUUUCUUAUGUGUCUGCUUCUCCUGUAUAUGUUUAUCAGGAAGGUAGUGCCUGAAGAUAACAUCAUUACAACCAAAAAAGGCAGAGUCAGAGGGACGAACCUGCAGGUACUGGGGGGAACUGUGACAGCCUUCCUUGGAAUACCUUAUGGACAGCCACCCAUUGGUAGACUGAGAUUUCAAAAACCAGAACCUCGUGAGAAGUGGUCAGAUGUUUGGGAUGCCACAAAACAUGCAAACUCUUGUUACCAGCUUAUAGAUACAACUUACCCGGGAUUUCCUGGAUCAGAGAUGUGGAAUCCAAAAACUAACCUAAGUGAAGACUGCUUAUACCUUAAUGUAUGGAUUCCUUCUCCCAAACCCAAGAACGCAACUGUCAUGGUGUGGAUAUAUGGUGGUGGCUUUGAGACUGGGUCGACUUCCCUACCGGUCUAUGAUGGCAAGUUUCUGGCCAGGGUAGAAAGAGUCAUUGUAGUUUCCAUGAACUACAGGACUGGUGCAUUAGGAUUUUUGGCUUUGCCAGGAAACCAGGAAGCUCCUGGGAAUGCAGGUUUAUUUGAUCAAAGAUUGGCACUUCAGUGGGUCCAGGAGAACAUAGCAGCAUUUGGAGGCAAUCCAAAAAGUGUGACUAUAUUUGGAGAGAGUGCUGGCUCAGCUUCUGUCAGCUACCAUAUCCUUUCUCCUAAAAGCCAUCCUUUAUUCACAAGAGCCAUCAUGCAAAGUGGAUCUGCAAAUGCCCCUUGGGCUGCAAUAACAGCAUCUGAAGCCAGAAACAGAACAGUAGCUUUAGCUAAACAACUCCAGUGUCCCACCAACAAUGAGACAGAGCUAAUUCUCUGCCUCCAAGACAAGGACCCAAAGGAUAUACUGGAGAAUGAAAUUUUUGUUGUAAAAUAUGACUCUCUUUUACAAAUAUAUUUUUGUCCAACUGUGGAUGGUGAUUUUCUCUCAGACAUGCCAGAAACGGUGAUUGAGAAUGGCCUUUUCAAACAAACACAGAUCUUAGUCGGUGUUAAUAAAGAUGAAGGAUCAGCAUUCCUAGCAUAUGGCGUCCCUGGCUUCAGCAAGGAUAGUGAUGGCUUGAUCAAUAAAACAGAAUUUGAAGCAGCUUUAACUCUGUCCUUCCCAGAAGCAAGCCAACUUGCAAUAGAAUCGAUCAUUUUUCAGUACACAGAUUGGGAAAAUGAGCAAAAGCCAGAACAUUACCGUGAUGCCAUGGAUGAUGUUAUUGGUGACUACAACAUAAUAUGUCCUGCAAUGGAAUUCACCAAAAAAUUUGCCCAACUAGGACACAACGCUUUCUUUUAUUUCUUUGAACAUCGAUCCUCAAAGCUCCCUUGGCCAGAGUGGAUGGGAGUAAUGCAUGGUUAUGAGAUCGAGUUUGUGUUUGGAUUGCCCCUAGAAAGAAGAGUGAAUUACACUAAAGCUGAAGAAAUCUUAAGCCGGUCCAUGCUGAGAUACUGGGCAACUUUUGCAAAAACUGGAACUCCAAAUGGGACUGUGAUUAAUGGAACAAGAUGGCCAGUCUUCACCAGUACUGAACAAAAAUAUUUGACAUUAACUACCAACACUUCAGAGAUACUGACAAAAUUACGUGCUCAGCAGUGUCGAUUCUGGAAUAUUUUUUUCCCCAAAGUCCUGGAAAUCACAGGAAAUAUUGAUGAAGCAGAACGAGAGUGGAAAACAGGAUUCCAUCGCUGGAACAAUUACAUGUCAGACUGGAAAAAUCAAUUUAAUGAUUACACUAGCAAGAAGGAGAGAUGUGCAGGCUCUAAUUAAUAUGUUUACCCUUUCCAGUAUGUCCGUAUUACUGUUCAUCAGGCAAAUAUACAGGUAGCUUUCUAACACAUCUAGCAUUAAAUAUGUUAUGCAGAUUAAAAAAUGUUAUAGAUAUUUUGAUUCCCCAGAUCUUUCAUUUAUAUUUUACCUCAUA